AUGGUGGUGGAAACGUUGCGGCCCACAAUGGAGGGAACCGUUCUGGCGCCGGCGGAGGCAGCUGGAGGGAAGGAAUCGGCGGCGACGAUGGCGGAAUUGGGGAAGGAGAAGUGCUUCCGUGGGGUGAGGAAGCGACCGUGGGGGAGGUUCGCGGCGGAGAUACGGGACCCGUGGAAGAAGACGAGGAAGUGGCUGGGGACCUUCGACACCGCGGAGGAGGCGGCGCGGGCCUACGACGCAGCGGCGCGCAGCCUCCGAGGCCCCAAGGCGAAGACCAACUUCGGGUGUUCCGCUGCCGUUCCGUCACCGCAGAUCGGCUGGAGGAUGGCGUCGCCGUGGCAACUGAGCUUCCCGGAUCCGGCGUCAGCUCCGAGCGGGCGAGAUCUGUUCCUCAGGCCUCCCGCGGUGGCAGUGGCGAGGGGGUCUAAAUUCUCCGGAUACGGGUUCGAGGCGGUGAAGAUGAUGAUGACAAGGGUCGAGGAAGAAGAGCAGGAGGCGGCGAAGGAGAAGAAGCGCUUCUGCUUCGAUCUCAAUCUACCCCCUCCUCCCAUGUGA